AUGAGCUCCCGAUUCAGCAAGUCCCUCUUCCGUCGCGACAAGAAGCCUCAAAACAAUAACCCCCCGCCGGCACCCUCCGUCUCCUACAACCCCCUCGUCAUCAACCCCUCCAACGGCACCUCCCCAACCUCGCCUUCUCAUCGCAGCUCCUCCUCCACCAGCCUGUCCGUUGCGCACUCAACUCAACUCGCGCGGCCGCCGAGCUUUCCUUCAGCCCGACCCACCAGUCCCAUGAUUCCCGGUCAACUCGCCCAGCACCCCGCCCCGCUGAACCCCAGUGCCGCCAUGCAAUACGCCGGCCACCAACAGCAGCCGAUGAACCCGCCGCCGGGUUACAGCAUGCAACCACCACAACCACAAUCCCUCGGUCAUCCCUUACAACCCCAACUGGGCCAGCAGAUCCAGUAUCGCAACCCCGCCCUCGAUACCGACCCUGCCAAUCGCAACAAGGCUCAGCUGAUUGUGGGCAUUGACUUCGGCACCACCUUCUCCGGCGUCGCAUUUGCGUUUGCGACCAACAACGAGGCCCGCGAGGAUAUCAUCACCGAAUGGCCGGGUGCCGGUACCCAUACAAAGCAAAAAAUUCCGACCGUUCUCUACUAUGACCAGUACCAGAAAGUCGUCGGCUGGGGCCCAGAUAUCGCAGAGGCGCUUGCUCCCACCGGGUACCCCAAGCCGGGGGUGCAGAAAGUCGAAUGGUUCAAGUUGCAGUUGAUGCUGUCGGGCAACACUUACAUCGACCCCAUCAACUUGCCUCCUCUUCCUCCGGGCAAGUCAGAGAUCGAUGUCGCCGCCGAUUACCUAUUCAAGCUGCGACAGGCCAUCCGUGCCCAGCUCCAGAAGACCCUCGGAGAGGUCUUCACUCGCGAGGAGCGCAAUAUUCGCUAUUACUUGACUGUGCCGGCCAUCUGGAAUGAUGCCGGCAAAGCCGCCACCCGUGCGGCUGCCAUCCAAGCCGGCUUCCUCCGAGAUGAGAAUGACAAUCGCCUGACCUUAGUCUCGGAGCCCGAAGCGGCGGCGCUCUUCUGCGCCAAGACCGGGUUGCUCAAUCUCAAGGUCGGCGACGCCAUCUUGAUCGUGGAUUGCGGUGGCGGUACCGUUGAUCUCAUCGCGUAUGAAGUGGAGGAGGAGCAGCCGUUCAGUGUGGCCGAAUGCACGGCCGGGUCGGGAGAUUCGUGCGGAUCGACUGCCCUGAACCGUAACUUUAGCAACAUCUUGCGCGCCAAGAUUCGGAAGAUGAAGCUCCCGGAUGGAUCUCGCACGGCUGGCAAGGUAUAUGCCAAGUGCAUCAUGGAUUUCGAAAAUCGAAUCAAGGCGGAUUUCCGCAACAACGGUUCAAAAUGGGCGGUCGACGUCGGCAUUGAAGCAGAUUUCCCCGAUGCAGGCAUCGAGGAAGGGUACAUGACAUUUACCAACGAGGAGAUUCUUCAAUGUUUCGAGCCAGUGGUGAAUCGCAUUCUCGAACUGGUUCGGAACCAGAUCAUUGCCAUUCAAGCACAAAAUAAACUACUCCAAAAUGUCCUGGUUGUCGGUGGAUUUGGUGCCUCGGAGUAUCUGUUCCAGCAAAUUAAAUUGCACGUGCCGCCCCAGUAUCAGACCAAGGUCGUCCGGCCGAUGGACUCCGUCGCUGCCAUUGUCAAGGGCGCCGUGACGGCCGGUAUUACUGAACGGGUCAUCACGCAUCGUGUUGCUCGUCGGCACUACCUCAUGGCCACCCUGCAGCCCUUCAAGGAGGGAUACCAUCCCGAGCAAUACCGAGUGCCCAGUCUCGAUGGUCGUGAUCGCUGCAAAUAUACCCGGCAGAUCUUUGUUCAAAAGGGAGAGCGGGUGAAGAUUGGUGAGCCUGUCAAAGUCAGCUUUUUCCGCCAAGUGGCACCCGGCGCUACUCUCAUGUAUGAGGAUGUGUUGUACGCAUGCGACGAAGACGUCUGUCCCGAAUAUACCAAAGAUCCUCGUAUCAAGGAGGUUGUCACCCUCACCUCGGAUUUGUCACGCAAGAAUCUUGAGACGGACUUUGAGCGGAUGGAUACCCCGCAAGGUGUAUUCUACCGAGUAUACUUUGACAUCUACUUGACACUGGAUGGUAGUGAGUUCAGCGCUGAGCUGGUCUGCCAGAACGAGGUGAUGGGUCGCUGCCGUGCCAAGUUCCGUUGA